UGGUAGUGUCUAGAAAGGGUAUGUCCCUUCAGGAGAGAGGUGCCAAUGUCCAGCCGGCCUAAUAACAAUCCAGGGGGGUCACUGCGACGUUCACAGAGGAACACUGCCGGGGCCCAGCCGCAAGAGGACACUGCAGGAGGAAGCAACAGGUCCCAGUUAGAGCAGGCAGACCAUAAGACCUUUAGCCUUCCAGAGAGCAGAAAAAAUCUUUCUAAGACCCCCAAAGUGCAGUCUAAUACAGCUUCUGGCCAGCCCAGGGGAUACAGCUCUAAAAGGGGCUGUAUCGCACCUUUUUCAAUACCACAUCCAGAGGACCCAGAACCAAACAGCUCAGAAAGCCACAGGCCUAAAAAAGAUUCUUCCCGUGGACUGAAACGUAGUGCCAGUCCUGAUUAUAGCCGGACCAACUCGCCUGGCUCUGCUAAAAAACCCAAAGCACUUCAGCACGCUGAACCCUCCAUUGGGUCGAGGCGACCAAAUAAUAAACCUAAGAAGAGACAGAUUGACCAGGAGCUUUCGGCUCCACCCACAUCAUUGCCAUCCACAAGCAAAGCACACAACAGGAAGGGUGGAGUCCCCGGACCAUCCCCGCUGCACAAAAGAAAAAGGACAGAUAACUCCUCCUGUGUGAAGAGCAGCAGCGCAGCCAUAGUAGCGACUGGUGCAGAAGACAGGCCUCCAAAACCCACCAAGCUGGCUUCAAAAUCGGCCACCUCAGCCAAAGCUGGGUGUAGCACUAUUACUGAUUCCUCAUCUUCUGCCUCCACCUCUUCUUCUUCCUCUUCUGCUGUCGCCUCUGUCUCUUCUGCUGCCCCACCUGGAGCUCGAGUAAAACAGGGGAAGGACCAGAACAAGGCAAGGCGUUCCCGUUCUGCCUCCAGUCCCAGCCCUCGGAGGAGCAGCCGGGAAAAAGAACAGGCCAAAGCUAGUAGCUCCUCCAAGUUUGACUGGGCUGCUCGUUUUAGCCCAAAAGUCAGCCUUUCCAAAACAAAACUUUCCCUCCCGGGAUCUUCCAAGGCUGAGACGUCAAAACCUGGACCCUCAGGAUUACAAGCAAAACUAGCAAACUUAAGGAAAUCCACUAAGAAGCGCAGUGACUCGCCCCCCGCUGAGCUCCCCAGCCUGCGGCGGAGCACACGACAAAAGACCACGGGCUCCUGUGCUAGCACCAGUCGGCGAGGCUCUGGCCUGGGCAAGCGAGCAGCAGCUGAAGCUCGCCGACAGGAGAAGAUGGCUGAUCCUGAUAACCAGGAAGGUGCCAAUUCUUCGGCUGCCCGUACAGAUGAGACCACCCAGGGAGCUGCAGCCUCUAGCUCUGUAGCUGGUGCUGUGGGGAUGACUACAUCUGGAGAAAGUGAGAGCGAUGACUCUGAGAUGGGGCGGCUACAAGCUCUUCUGGAGGCACGUGGCCUCCCCCCUCACCUGUUUGGCCCCCUUGGACCUCGCAUGUCUCAGCUCUUCCAUCGAACAAUUGGAAGUGGUGCAAGCUCCAAGGCUCAACAGCUGCUGCAGGGUCUUCAAGCCACAGACGAGAGCCAGCAGCUUCAAGCAGUCAUUGAGAUGUGCCAACUGCUGGUGAUGGGAAACGAAGAGACUCUUGGAGGUUUCCCAGUGAAGAAUGUAGUGCCCGCACUGAUCACUUUGCUGCAGAUGGAGCACAACUUUGACAUUAUGAACCAUGCAUGUCGAGCCUUAACCUAUAUGAUGGAGGCACUGCCGCGGUCCUCAGCUGUGGUGAUUGAUGCGAUCCCUGUGUUUUUAGAGAAACUGCAGGUCAUUCAGUGUAUAGAUGUAGCAGAACAAGCUCUCACUGCUCUGGAAAUGUUAUCCCGCAGGCACAGUAAAGCCAUCCUGCAAGCUGGAGGACUUGCUGAUUGCCUUCUGUAUCUCGAGUUCUUCAGCAUCAAUGCUCAGAGGAAUGCUUUAGCCAUAGCAGCCAACUGCUGCCAGAGCAUCAGUCCAGAUGAGUUCCACUUUGUUGCUGAUUCUUUGCCACUGCUGACGCAGAGAUUGACCCAUCAGGAUAAGAAAUCUGUAGAAAGCACUUGCCUAUGUUUUGCACGUCUGGUAGAUAACUUCCAGCAUGAAGAGAAUCUGCUCCAGCAAGUGGCUUCCAGAGAUCUGCUCACCAACAUCCAGCAGCUUCUCGUAGUGACACCUCCAAUCCUGAGCUCUGGCAUGUUCAUUAUGGUGGUCCGAAUGUUCUCCUUGAUGUGUUCCAACUGUCCCACGCUGGCCGUGCAGCUUAUGAAGCAAAACAUAGCCGAAACUCUGCACUUCCUUUUAUGCGGGGCCUCAAAUGGUAGUUGCCUGGAGCAAAUUGACCUGGUCCCACGAAGCCCCCAGGAGCUGUAUGAGCUCACGUCCCUCAUAUGUGAGCUGAUGCCAUGUUUACCGAAGGAAGGAAUAUUUGCAGUUGACACAAUGUUAAAGAAAGGAAAUGCCCAAAAUACAGAUGGGGCGAUUUGGCAGUGGAGGGAUGACCGCGGUCUCUGGCACCCAUACAGUCGAAUUGACAGUCGCAUCAUUGAGGCAGCCCAUCAGGUUGGUGAGGAUGAGAUAAGUUUGUCUACACUGGGGCGUGUUUAUACUAUUGAUUUUAAUUCUAUGCAGCAAAUCAACGAGGAUACCGGAACAGCACGCGCCAUUCAGAGAAAACCUAACCCUCUAGCCAAUGCAAACACUAGUGGACAUUCUGAGCUAAAAAGAGAUGACGCCAGAGCGCAGCUGAUGAAAGAAGACCCAGAGCUGGCCAAAUCUUUUAUUAAGACCUUGUUUGGAGUGCUUUAUGAAGUGUACAGCUCCUCUGCGGGGCCUGCCGUCAGACACAAGUGCCUUAGAGCAAUCCUUAGAAUCAUUUAUUUUGCUGAUGCUGAGCUCCUAAAAGAUGUUUUAAAGAACCACGGUGUGUCCAGUCAUAUUGCUUCUAUGUUGUCAAGUCAAGACCUCAAAAUUGUGGUGGGAGCCCUUCAGAUGGCAGAGAUAUUAAUGCAGAAAUUACCAGACAUAUUCAGCGUGUAUUUCAGAAGAGAAGGUGUGAUGCACCAAGUGAAGAACUUGGCUGAAUCUGAGACGCUGCUAACAAGCCCUCCAAAGGUCUGCACCAAUGGCUCUGGCUCUAUAUCAAGUAGUGCGACCAUCAAUACUGGAACUGGUAGUGCAGCUGGGAAUGCAGCUGCUGACCUUGGUUCACCCAGCCUCCAGCACCGAGAUGACUCGCUAGACCUCAGCCCACAAGGGCGACUUAGUGAUGUCCUUAAAAGAAAAAGACUGCCUAAACGUGGGCCAAGGAGGCCAAAGUACUCCCCUCCUCGAGAUGAAGACAAAGCUGACAAUCAAGCAAAAAGCCCAACAGCCACACAGUCUCCAAAAUCCUCAUUCUUGGCCAGCUUAAACCCUAAAACUUGGGGCAGGUUGAGCACACAGUCAAAUAGCAACAACAUCGAGCCAGCUAGAACAGCAGGUGUAAGCGGGUUGGCAAGAACAGCUUCCAAAGACACCAUCUCUAAUAACAGAGAGCGGAUACGUGGCUGGAUAAAGGAGCAGGCACAUAAGUUUGUGGAAAGAUAUUUUAGUUCUGAGAAUAUGGAUGGCAGCAAUCCUGCACUUAAUGUGCUACAGAGACUUUGCAACGCCACAGAACAGCUCAAUCUUCAGGUGGAUGGUGGUGUUGAGUGCCUUGUUGAAAUCCGUAGCAUUGUCUCGGAGUCGGACGUUUCCUCCUUUGAAAUCCAGCACAGUGGGUUUGUGAAGCAGCUACUCUUGUAUCUGACAUCCAAAAGUGAAAAGGAUAUUGUAAGCAGAGAUAUCCGACUGAAGAGAUUCCUGCAUGUUUUCUUUGGUUCCCCACUUCCUGGAGACGAGCCACUUGGAAGAGUUGAUCCAACAGAGAGUGGCCAUUUGCUGGCACUAGUACACAAGAUGAACAACUGCCUCAGUCAGAUGGAGCAGUUCCCAGUCAAAGUGCACGAUUUUCCUAGUGGAAAUGGGACAGGGAGCAGAGGGUCACAGGCUCUGAAGUUUUUCAAUACCCAUCAGCUGAAAUGUCAGCUUCAGAGACAUCCUGACUGUACCAAUGUUAAGCAAUGGAAGGGAGGCCCUGUAAAAAUUGACCCUCUGGCUCUUGUGCAAGCAAUUGAAAGAUAUCUUGUGGUCAGAGGCUACGGCAGAGUGAGGGAAGAUGAUGAGGAUAGUGAUGAUGAUGGCUCAGAUGAAGAGAUUGACGAGUCCUUGGCUGCUCAGUUCUUAAAUUCAGGAAAUGUAAGGCACAGGCUCCAGUUUUAUAUUGGAGAUCACCCGCUGCCUUACAACAUGACUGUUUACCAAGCUGUGAGACAGUAUAGCAUUCAGACUGAGGAGGAGAGGGAAUCUACAGAUGAUGAAAGUAAUCCAUUAGGAAGAGCUGGCAUCUGGACCAAGACACACACUAUUUGGUACAAGCCAGUUAGAGAGGAGGAAGAAAGCACAAAGGACACCGUAGGAGGCAAACGAGGUCGAGCCCAAACUGCGCCAACCAAAACAUCCCCUAGGAAUUCAAAGAAACAUGAUGAAUUGUGGCAUGAUGGAAUGUGUCCAAAAGUUUCUAACCCUCUAGAUAAUUACCUCAUACCUACCCCUCCUGAAAAUAUCACCUUUGAUGACCCAUCCCUUGAUGUGGUGAUCCUUCUGCGGGUUCUACAUGCCAUUAGCCGAUACUGGUAUUAUUUGUAUGAUAAUGCCCUUUGCAAAGAGAUAAUCCCCACGGUGGAGUUUAUCAAUAGUAAACUGACUGCAAAAGCCAACAGGCAGCUGCAGGAUCCUCUGGUCAUCAUGACGGGAAACAUUCCCACCUGGUUAACAGAGCUGGGGAAAAGCUGUCCGUUUUUUUUUCCAUUUGAUACUCGGCAAAUGUUGUUCUACGUGACUGCAUUUGACAGAGAUCGGGCAAUGCAGAGGCUGCUGGACACAAACCCUGAGAUUAACCAAUCAGAUUCUCAGGACAGCAGAGUGGCCCCAAGACUGGACAGGAAAAAACGCACUGUGAAUAGAGAUGAGCUUCUAAAGCAGGCAGAAUCUGUUAUGCAGGACUUGGGGAGCUCACGGGCCAUGCUGGAGAUUCAGUAUGAGAAUGAAGUUGGGACUGGACUGGGACCCACUUUAGAAUUUUAUGCACUUGUAUCUCAGGAAUUACAAAGAACUGACCUCGGCCUAUGGAGAGGAGAAGAAGUUACACUUUCUAAUCCUAAAGGAAGCCAAGAAGGGACCAAGUACAUUCACAACCUGCAGGGUCUGUUUGCUCUUCCCUUCGGUCGGACGGCUAAGCCAGCACAUAUCGCUAAGGUGAAAAUGAAGUUCCGGUUUCUUGGCAAAUUAAUGGCUAAAGCCAUUAUGGACUUCAGACUGGUGGACAUUCCUCUUGGACUCCCUUUCUAUAAGUGGAUGUUACGGCAGGAAUUAUCCUUGGCCUCCUAUGAUUUGUCCCAUGUGGAUCCUGUUGUGGCAAAGUCUGUGUACCACCUGGAAGAAAUAGUGAGGCAGAAGAAGAGACUGGAACUAGACAAGUCACAGACCAAAGAGAGUCUGCAGUUUGCACUAGAAAAUUUGAAUAUGAAUGGCUGCUCUGUGGAAGAUCUGGGGCUGGAUUUCACACUGCCAGGCUUUCCCAAUAUCGAACUGAAGAAAGGAGGGAAAGACAUACCGGUCACUAUUCACAAUCUGGAUGAGUAUGUACGGCUUGUUAUUUACUGGGCGCUGAAUGAAGGAGUCUCCCGGCAGUUUGACUCAUUCAGAGAUGGUUUUGAAUCAGUCUUCCCACUUAACCACCUGCAGUAUUUUUACCCAGAGGAGUUGGAUCAGUUGUUAUGUGGCAGCAAGUCUGAUCCUUGGGAUGUUAAAACCCUGAUGGAGUGCUGUAGGCCGGAUCAUGGAUAUACACAUGACAGCCGAGCUGUGAAAUUCCUGUUUGAAAUUCUCAGUAGUUUUGAUAAGGAACAGCAGAGGUUAUUCCUACAGUUUGUCACAGGGAGCCCAAGACUGCCAGUUGGAGGCUUCCGGGCCUUGAACCCGCCUCUCACCAUAGUCCGCAAGACCUUUGAAUCUACCGAAAACCCAGACGAUUUCCUGCCCUCCGUUAUGACCUGCGUCAACUACCUUAAGUUGCCAGACUAUUCUAGCAUUGACAUUAUGCGCGAGAAACUGUUAAUCGCUGCACGUGAAGGGCAACAGUCAUUCCACCUUUCCUGAUCCACGAACCUACCAUGGAGCCCACUACAAAGGAAAACACAUUAUGAGUACUUUUUCUAAAAGUAUCAGCAGAGUCAAGGCGGCAAAGCCCUCCUUGUUGUAGAGAAAACCGAUUAUUACAAGCUCAUCCAAAAAUUAUAAUAAAAAUAAAUAAAAAACAGACAAAAGAUGUGCUAGCUCCAUUAAAUGACCCCUGGACGCCUAAAACUGAUCAGGCUUGAAAAAUCCAUGACAUGUUUGUUUAGAAAGUUUUUCUUCUGCUUAAAUUAUCCUUUAUUUGAAGAGUGAAGUUUUUAAAUUGCUUUGCCGUGUGACUUUAAAAGAGGAGGGAUGUUAAAACAAUAUCCCCGCCCCAAAAAAAUAAAAGGAAGGGAUGUUUUUGAAGUUGGAACAAAAUAAAUAUUGCUGUGCAGUUUAAAAAUUCCCCGUCUGUGUGUAUCCAUCAAGCUAAAUACACAAGAAGCCACCCUCCACCGGUUGUACCCAUUGCAAUGCAGAUUCUGCCUACAAGUCCAUGG